AUGGCUGGAGAUAAAGACAAAUAUGUGAACAAGAAGGAGUCGGCAUCGUCUUUAUCGGCACCUAAUAAACAUCCAAUUGCUACUACAAGGUUAGAGGUUGAUAAAUUCAAUGGCUCUAAUAAUUUUGGUAAGCGGCAAUGUGAAGUUAUGGAUGUGUUGUAUCAACAAGAGUUGGAUAUGGUUAUGGAGGAUAAACCUGAAGAUAUUGAUGACAAGCAAUGGACGCGAAUUAAUCUUCAUGUUUGUGCUGCUAUUCGAUCGUUCCUUGAUAAGGAGUUGAAAUACCCGUAUAUGAAGGAAACUUCUACUAAGGAGUUAUGGAAGAAAUUGAAGGAGAAGUAUAUGACCAAAAGCGCAUAA